CUUCUUCCACCUCCCGCCGCCCGCCGCGCCGCGCGGCGCCUAUACAUACCCACCACACCGCCUCCUCCUCCUUCCACCUCCCAGCUACCAUUGACCACCACCACCACCUCUUCGGUUUGGCUCGCCGCCGCGCCACCACCUUUUCCAUGCCUGCGGCUGCGGGCGUGAGAGGGAAGAGAGAGGAGUAUUAGGACGACAGGGCCGAUGCGGCAGCGGCAGGCCGGCGAGCAGGAGGCGGAGCUGUUCGUGCAGUGGAGGCCCUGCGACAAGAAGCGCUCCUAGUCUCCGGAUCGCUUUCUUGCCUCCCUCUCUUUCGUAGAUUCGUGUAAGACGGCUUGAUCCGCGGCCGGCAAGGGGGAAGCCGAGGAUGAGCGUCUCGGGCGGGCGGACGCGGGUGGGGAGGUACGAGCUCGGGAGGACGCUCGGCGAGGGCACCUUCGCCAAGGUCAAGUUCGCCCGCAACGUCGAAACCGGCGAGAAUGUCGCCAUCAAGAUCCUCGACAAGGAGAAGGUCCUCAAGCACAGGAUGAUCGCCCAGAUAAAGCGUGAGAUCUCGACCAUGAAGUUAAUCAGGCACCCCAACGUCAUCCGGAUGUAUGAGGUGAUGGCCAGCAAGACCAAGAUAUACAUAGUGAUGGAGCUUGUCACCGGUGGUGAACUUUUCGACAAAAUUGCUUCACGUGGGAGGCUGAAAGAGGAUGAUGCAAGGAAGUAUUUCCAGCAGCUGAUCAACGCUGUCGAUUACUGUCAUAGCAGAGGAGUCUAUCACAGGGAUCUCAAGCCUGAAAAUCUUCUGCUUGAUGCUAGUGGCACUCUCAAGGUAUCGGAUUUUGGGUUGAGUGCACUGUCCCAACAAGUCAGAGAGGAUGGCCUGUUGCACACUACCUGUGGAACUCCUAAUUAUGUUGCUCCCGAGGUUAUCAACAACAAAGGUUAUGAUGGAGCCAAGGCUGAUCUGUGGUCAUGUGGAGUGAUUCUCUUUGUCCUCAUGGCAGGCUACCUUCCAUUUGAAGAUUCAAACCUCAUGUCACUUUACAAGAAGAUCUUCAAAGCGGACUUCAGUUGUCCAUCUUGGUUCUCUACAAGUGCAAAAAAGCUCAUCAAGAAAAUACUAGAUCCUAAUCCUAGCACGAGAAUAACCAUCGCCGAUCUUAUCAACAAUGAGUGGUUCAAGAAGGGAUAUCAGCCUCCCAGGUUUGAGACAGCAGAUGUUAACUUGGAUGAUGUCAACUCUAUUUUUAACGAAUCUGGGGACCAAGCACAGCUUGUUGUCGAGAGGCGAGAAGAAAGGCCAUCAGUGAUGAAUGCUUUUGAGUUGAUCUCUACAUCUCAGGGGCUCAAUCUUGGCACACUAUUUGAAAAGCAAUCGGGCUCUGUGAAGCGAGAAACAAGAUUUGCGUCAAGGCUUCCUGCAAACGAGAUAUUGUCAAAAAUUGAAGCAGCUGCUGGACCCAUGGGCUUUAAUGUACAGAAGCGAAACUAUAAGCUGAAGUUGCAAGGUGAGAAUCCAGGAAGGAAAGGUCAGCUAGCAAUUGCAACAGAGGUUUUUGAAGUCACACCCUCGCUGUACAUGGUUGAGCUCCGCAAGUCCAAUGGCGACACUCUCGAAUUCCAUAAGUUCUACCAUAGCAUCUCCAAUGGGCUGAAAGACGUGAUGUGGAAGCCGGAGAGUAGCAUAAUCGAAGGCGACGAGAUCCAGCACCGGAGGUCGCCAUUGGGGGGCCCAGAAGCCCGCGCCGCCUCCUCCUCCUCCUCCCCUUUUCCACGGCUUGACCCCGACGCACGCGUACUAUUCUCUCUCUCCUCGCCUCGCUUGCAUCGAGAGAGCGGCCGCCACCGCCACGCCAUGCGCGAGGAGGUCAGGAGCUCGUCGGCGGCGCCGCCCGACCCGCCGCCGCGUUCGGCCUCGCCGCCCGCCACCCCUGUCGCCAGUUCGGCUGGUGCAUCAUCACCACCUCCACAAACAAAUGCAGCUAGCAUAGAUUGGUUAGGUGGUGAGCAAAUAUCCAAAGUGGGAUCGUCAUCCCACAUUGCUCCACGUGCUCCUCAGCCUUCUCUUAGUACUAAUGCUGCUGGAGCUGCUUUGGAUUUCUCUCAACCAUCUUGUAGACCAUGGGAACGAGGAGACUUGCUUCGGCGACUGGCCACAUUUAAGUCUUCAACAUGGGCUUCUAAGCCAAAGGCCGCUGGUUCACUGGCAUGUGCUCGAAGAGGCUGGGUGAACAUUGAAAUGGACAAAAUUGAGUGUGAGUCAUGUGGUGCGCAUCUUAUAUUUACUGCAUUGACAUCCUGGUCCCCAGCUGAAGUGGCUAAUGCUGGGGAAGCCUUUGCUGAACAACUUGAUGCUUCGCACCAGAGUGACUGUCCCUGGAGAGGAAAUAGCUGUGCUGAUAGCCUAGUCCAAUUCCACCUUACUCCAUCAGCCCUUGUUGGGGGUUUUAAAGAUCGGUGUGAUGGUCUUUUGCAGUUUAGAUCUCUUCCUGUUAUUGCAGAAUCUGCAAUACAAAGUAUGAAGCUCACAAGGAGUCCUCAGAUUGAUUGUAUCUUAUCUCAAUCAAUCACUAUUUUGUCAGGGGAACUGGACUACAAAACAGACAGCACAACAGGAAUUGAUAUCAACCAUCAAGAUGAGUCCUGUAGCUACUCUCAAGCACAGAAGAUUAUAAGCCUUUGUGGAUGGGAACCUAGAUGGCUUCCAAAUGUACAGGACUGGGAAGAAAAUUCAACCCGUUCUGCCAAGCAUACAGCCUCAGCUGAUCCAGAUCAGUUACGUCCCUGUCUUCCUGAGCAUAAGCAAAAUUCAUACUCUGCAUCAGUUAAGAAAGAUAAAGGCAAAGGCAAAAUUCGUGUAAAAGACUCUGGAUGUAGCAUGAGGUCACCUUUGCUUGAUUGCAGCUUAUGUGCAGCAACAGUGCGAAUAUGGGAUUUCAGAUCGGUGCCUCGUCCUUCUCAUCUUAGUAUCAAUAACAGUGAUGCACCUGAUACACGGAAGGGAUUGCUGACACGUGGAAUCAGUGCUACAAGUGGUAUCAAUGGAUGGGUUGCUGAAGGAACAGAAAAAGAUAAUGUUGAAGGACGUGAUGAGGCAGGUACUGAUGAGGGAAAGUCACUAUCAAAUGCUCCGGUUGACCUAAAUCUUACAAUGGCGGGUGGUUUGCCAUCCACGCAUUCUGCGAUGCCCUCUAUGCCUGAUCAUUUCAAUGAUGGUGGGAUGGGAAGAGAUCUGAUGAUUGGGCAGCCUACUGGAAGUGAGAUAGGUGGCCUUGCAGCCUCAUUUGAGUCUAGGGGUCCUAGUUCGAGAAAGCGCAACCUGGAGGAAGGCGGGAGCACAGCUGAUAAGCCACUGAACAGGCUUCAUCCUGCUGACAGCAUAGAAGGAACCGUCAUCGACCGCGACGGGGAUGAAGUUGAUGAUGGCGCACAAGAUUCAGAUAUCCGGAGCAACAAAAGGCCUCGUGGUUUUAAUCUUUUUGAUGUCAAUCGACCAUCUUCUUCUGGAGCAGGUCCCAGCAGAAAUUUAAGUUUUGACCUGGAUAUAGAUAUUAAUAGAUUCGAUGCAUAUAAAGCUGAAGGUCCAUCUGCCCUUCAUAACCCCUCUGCAAGAGAUUCAUUUAGGGCAUCUUCUGUUAUUGCGAUGAAUACGGUCCAAAAUGUAGAGGAAAAUUCGACAGAGAGUGUUGAAUACCAUCCAUGCGAUGUUGAUGACGUUCACAAGCCCUCUAGUGCUCUCAGGAGUGGUGGAAUGAGCGAGCCAUUGGAUCUUAACUAUAGCAACCAAGCACAGCAAAGCAGUUUUGUACAGCCUGCUGCUGAAAGUAAUGCAAGGGAGAUAGGAGGGAGUAGCAUGAAUGGAGGGGAAGAAGUCCUUAAUGCAGAAGCCACCACUGCUUUUGCUAGGGAUCAACUAAGCCUGGGAGUUAGUGGAGGGAGUGUUGGUAUGGGUGCUAGUCAUGAAGCCGAAAUUCAUGGAAUUGAUGUUUCUGAGCAUAAAACUGAUAGUGUUGUUGGAGAUGUGGAACCAGCUCCUGAGCUUACUGAAAACAUGGGCAAUACUGGUGAGUCAGCCCCUGGACCAGGAAUGAUGGAUGAGUUUGUCCCUGAAGAUGUUGGCCGAGAAGAACCUCAAGGUGACAGCCAAGACGUGGCAUCUCGGUUAGUGGGUAGAGCUGACAGUGGUUCAAAGACUUGUGGUUCAACUAAAGCUGAUUCUGUUGAAAGUGGAGAGAAGAUAAGCCAUGCCGUAGGUCAUGAAAGUAACCUACAGCAUUCCCUUUCUCGCAACGCUAGAGUAUAUUCUGGCAUUGAUCUAUCUAAAGAUGAGGUGACUCAGACUGCUAAAGAUCUGGCAAAUGACGACUAUGAUCCAGGGGAUGAUCUUGCAGCAGCAAAUGGAGGAAAUGACUAUGAAGCCGGCCUUCCAGAAUUUGACCCGAUUAGGCACCACAACAAUUAUUGCCCAUGGGUAAAUGGACAUGUUGCUGCCGUGUGCUGUAUCAAUACUGGUUCCAGCACCAGUACUGGACUUUCCGGCUGGCAGCUUACAGUAGAUGCACUGGAAACUAUCCAGUCUCUUGGUCAAGCCCAAAAUCAAAUUAUGCCGUCUGACUCUGCGGCAUCACUAUAUAAGGAUGACCACGUGGCUAGACCUAGCCGCAAGCUGCUGAAAAGGGCUAGCCACAGUAAAUGUUAAUUGAAGCUCCUCUUUGACAAACAUACAUUUGGUGAACUCAACUUAUCCUUGUCACCAACUUUUUCGCCAUUCAAAUAGUUAACUGUGCAAACCUGAGCAGAGUUGAUAUACUAUUUGCAAAAUUUAGGUUCUGCAUAUGACAUUCUAGAAGAGCUUUGAAGCCUUACAUGAUGAUACGGUGGAAGAGGAAUAAAUUAAGCUUCAACGUAGUUAUUGUAGAGUGUAGAUGAAUGAGUUUGUCUGGCAAUUUGCCAAAUUGUGCCCUCUUUGGUUGUAUUUUUGUAUUGAGAAACGUCUUUGUAUCUUAUUUAAGUACUAGAUUAUCUAGUGAGAUUAGAACUUUGAAGAACCUAUAUCCCUUUUGUCAACGGCGUAAUGGUGGAACGAACAACAUUUGGUCCAGUUAAGCCUUAAUUUCCGUUGUAUUUUGCCUGUUA